AUGGAUACUUUGACCCCCUUUACAGCAACGUACCGCUUGAGACGUCUGCUUACCAGUUGUUCAGGGGGAACGCGCUGCGGUUGUGUUCUCCAAGGUAGAGUUGGAUCUCCCUCAUCUGGCGUGCCGGAGACCUCAAGGGAUUCAGAGAUACUUGUAACUGGAGGCAAUGAAGGGCACAUUGGCAUUUGGAUACUUUCAGAUGAUGGUAAUGUUGACUUAGUCAACGAAUUCAUUGGUCACGAUGGGAUUGUUAUGGAUUUGAUUGGUAGCUGUGUGGUGGAUUCCCGCAUCGAGAGCGAGGAUUCUCCGCAUGAGGGUGCGGGAAAGACCGUGUCAGGUAUUUCAUUGUCAUUCUACACAUGUGGAAGAGAUCGGAUGAUCCAUAGAUUCGAUUUAUCAGGUCGCAAACUUAUGACUUUCAAGGGACACGAAGAUGUGGUCUGCAGCAUGCAAGAGUUUUCGAAUGGGAGAGAUCUCGUAAGUGGCAGCUGGGAUGGCACUGCAAUAGUUUGGGAUGCUUUGACGGGAGCAAUUAAGUAUCGCCUUGGUGGAAACCCAUACAAGUAUUCCGUAUACUGCAACACGAAAUCAGAUGGCACCAUACUCACUGGGAUGACUAACGGUGACGUGUGUUGUUGGGAAAACGGGAGACUUGGCAAGGCGCAGAGGGUUCAUGAUGGAGUCGUUCGUGCAAUAAGUGUUAAGGACAACACUAUCCUGACAUGCUCAAACGACUGCAGCGUUCGGAAAUACUCCGAUGAUAUGGAUCUAAUUUACACAAUACCAGCUGCUCAUCAAAAUUUUGUGUACGACGUACGGCACUCAAACAAUUUCCCAAUAUUUUUUACUUCUUCGGAGGACAAACAAGUGGGCAUAUGGGAUCUAAGCAACGGCAUCCUGCUACAUCUGUUAUCAUUCGAAUCAUCAAUAUGGAAGGUGGGUUAUUGUUUACAACCGACGCAUCUGCAGGUGGUUGAAACGCAACGCCAAGGUAUUAUUAUUAUCCCUCUGAAUGGCAGCAUUUCCCUCUGGCAGCUCGCACAGGACUCAACCACUGUUCUGAAUGCACCACAGGUAAAAGUUGUUGAGGGUCCAACCUUGAACGUUGCCCGUAAAGCAAUAGUCACGGGAGGAUCAUUCGAAAUGAUUAUGUUUAGGCAAGCAAACGGUGUGAAGGCCUUGGAACGUUUAACUGUCUUCAACAGAAGUAAAUCAUCAGCCGUAGGUUUACAUGGCAACCCUGAACAUUGCUAUUGCAGAUUUGUCUUUCAGAAAGCGAUUUUAAGACUAUUAAUGUAG